CUCCAACUGACCCGAUGAUCUUUGGGACCACUGGCACAAAAAUCUAAGGAAAGAGAGAAUUCACCACUGAGGUUACAGCAAGAGUGCCAGAACUGCAAGAUGAGGACUGAGAAAAGACCCUUGGUUUUUUGAUGCUGAUGUUAUAGAUUGAAAUUUAACUGAGAGAAACAGAGAGAGGACCUUGAGAUGGAAACAGGGGAGUUUCUGCUGUGGGAUUGUGGACCUGUGUAACAAGUCUUUCUGAAACAUCUAGCAAUGAGUGACUUGCUUCUACUAUAUAUAAAAAACCUUCUUUCUUGGAUGAGAGACAAGGCAGACCCGCCUCUAUCAGUCACACAUCCCACUGUGUGGUUCAAGGAAGAUCAGCCCAUCUACUUGGCAGUGAAGGGAGUGGUGUUUGAUGUCACCUCCGGAAAGGAGUUUUAUGGACGAGGAGCCCCCUACAAUGCCUUGACGGGGAAGGACUCCACUAGAGGGGUAGCCAAGAUGUCCUUGGAUCCUGCAGACCUCACCCAUGACACUACGGGUCUCACGGCCAAGGAACUGGAGGCCCUGGAUGAGGUCUUCACCAAAGUGUACAAAGCCAAAUACCCCAUCGUCGGCUACACUGCCCGGAGAAUUCUCAAUGAGGAUGGCAGCCCUAACCUGGACUUCAAGCCUGAAGACCAGCCCCAUUUUGACAUCAAGGACGAGUUCUGAUGUUCCCCCUGCAGGAGCAGGUUCUUGGGAGCGUGAGGCAGGAAGACACUAGGUGCUGAAUCUCCUGCAAAACUGGCUGCCUGGAGGCCCUGAGCCACCCAGAUCCGAAUAAAACAGAUGCUUACCCUGGAA